AUGAACACAAUCACUGAUGAAAGAGGGGGCACUGAGUACACCUAUGGCAACUCAAGAACAAGCCGUGAAGGACAGGUUGAUGUGUGGUUAUCCAACAAUGGUUUCGAUUCACAUCUCAAGGCAAAACGUGCGGAUUUCAUCAAGACACUCUCUGAGGCUGUGACAGUUGUCCAAGAUGACGACUGGUGUCCGGAUGUGACCUCUUCCCCCGAACACGCCAAGAUCAUCAAAUAUAGUCGGGAAAACCUCAUUGAGACAUUGAGAGAUUACAUUGCCGGUCGUGGAGACAAGGUCUUUCACCGACCUUCGCAUACAGCUUGUAGCAUCUGGGACGGACAGACCGGAUGUGCAGCCAAGGAAAGGACAAUUGGGGACCUGACGAAAAGUGUGGGAGAUUUUGCAAUGACUAUCACUCCACUGAUAGCUUUUGCUACUUCUUCGCCCUUUGAACAGGCAUCGGAGAAUCCUUGCAAGUCUGAAGAAGACGAAGAUCGAUGGAACCAUCUUGUUAACGCCAUGUUGCAAUCCCUCACCAAAGCAAGUUUGAUCCUUUUCUCAGCCAAAGACAUGAUACAUACGACCCCACAUAAUGUUCUCUCUAAGUCAGCCAACCUUACAAGUGGUAUGACUUUGCACAACGGAUCCUGGAAUACCAAAGAUGUGGACCAACUCAAGACAUUCUUGGAAGGUACCAUAAUGAAACAUAAACCAGCAUACAUCUUGACUGCCGCUAGCAAUGAGGUUGCACGGCAAGAAGACCUUGCCAAACAGGAAGAAGUAGUACAUUUCCCAUGGAAUCCAGAUGAUGGGAAGUUUUGCGGGAAGGAUACAUUGACGUCACUGAGGAUUGAAAGUCACAACAAUCAGUUACAAAUAGUGAAGAUGGCGUCUACAAGGCUUCAGCUUGCUCACUGGGGAGUCAAGUCGGUUAUAAGGGAAACCCCGAUGUGGGACAGCUCUGAUGUGUUUUGUAUCCGGGAACUGGCACAAGAGACCUGUGAAAGGCUCAUUUCAGCAGCACCAACUUCUAAACCUUGA